AUGGGUACUGGCAAGAAAGAGAAACAAAGACGUAUUCGUCAGAAUGAUACCAAGGACGGGAACUUGAGGGUCAAAGGUGAGAAUUUUUACCGAGAUGGCAAGAAAGUGAAGUUUCUGAACAUGUACACGGAUGGCAAGUCGAUCAGAAACAAGAAAGGCGAUCUGAUCCGUGCUUCUCCGCUGCAAUCUGCGGACAUUCCUACUGCCAGAGUUCAGCCAGAUCGUCGUUGGUUUGGUAACACACGAGUUAUCUCACAGGACGCUCUUUCGCAUUUCCGUGAAGCACUAGGAGACACUGAAAAAAAUAACUAUCAGGUGUUGCUUCGCAGAAACAAGCUUCCAAUGUCGCUUUUGGACGAAAAAGACACUCAGGAAUCUCCGCAGGCGAAGAUUUUGGAAACCGAAAGUUUCGAGCAAACUUUCGGCCCCAAGGCGCAGCGGAAGAAGCCCAGAAUGGCAGCUUCGAGUCUCGUGGACUUGGCAGAGUCUGCAGCGGAACACGUCAAAGAGUACGAGGAAAAACAAGAGUUGAAUUCGACUUUGGGUCUGAUGGGCCAAAGCGGUGACAACGAAGACGGCUGGUCGCAAGCUGCCAAGGAAUCCAUUUUCAGCAAGGGCCAGUCCAAGCGGAUUUGGAACGAGCUGUAUAAGGUUAUCGACUCGUCGGAUGUUGUCAUCCACGUUCUUGAUGCCAGAGAUCCGAUGGGAACCAGGUGUAAAUCUGUGGAAGAGUAUAUGCGCAAGGAAACACCUCACAAACAUCUCAUAUAUGUGCUGAACAAGUGUGACUUGGUACCAACGUGGGUUGCAGCUGCCUGGGUAAAGCAUUUGUCAAAGGAUAGACCAACUUUGGCGUUCCAUGCGUCGAUUACCAACUCGUUUGGUAAGGGUUCAUUGAUACAGCUGCUGCGUCAGUUUUCGCAGCUACACAAGGAUAGAAAGCAAAUCUCUGUGGGUUUCAUCGGGUAUCCUAACACUGGUAAGUCGUCCAUCAUCAACACUCUGCGUAAGAAGAAGGUGUGUCAAGUGGCGCCUAUUCCUGGUGAGACCAAGGUUUGGCAGUACAUUACCUUGAUGAAGAAAAUCUUCUUGAUUGACUGUCCCGGUAUUGUACCGCCCUCCGCGAAGGACACCGAGGAAGACAUUCUGUUUAGAGGUGUUGUUAGAGUGGAGCAUGUAUCGCAUCCGGAACAGUACAUUCCUGGCGUUCUGCGAAGGUGCCAGAGGAAGCACUUGGAAAGAACCUACGAGAUUUCGGGCUGGAAGGACUCCACCGAUUUCAUCGAGAUCUUGGCCAGAAAGAUGGGGAGACUACUGAAGGGUGGCGAGCCAGAUGAAUCCGGUGUGUCCAAACAGGUGCUAAACGACUUCAACAGAGGUAAAAUUCCAUGGUUUGUGACGCCGCCAGAAAAGGACGCCAAGGACCAAGAUUCCGCGGGUCAAAAGAAGCCUUCAGCCGACGAGGCUAUUGGCGACGGCAAGAGAAGCGCGGACGAAGUCGAGGCCGAAACAGAGCCUCAGGAAGCCAAGAAGGCAAAGGUUUGA